AUGAACAAGCAAGAUGGUGACCAGCAGUGUCCUUUCCAGUGGCGGUGCGAAGCCUGCAGCCAGCUGCCAGCAGCGCUCGGCGCCUCGCUGCUCCACGGGCACCACGGGCGCUCGCAGAUGACCUUGCGCUCGAAGCAGGACAUGGACUUCCUGCGCGCGGGCGAGAAGAUCCAGAUCGGCGAGGAGCGCCGCGCGAGGCUCCUGGCGACCCUGGAGAUGGACAGCAAGUUCUUGGCCAGCAACAACAUCAUCGACUACUCUCUCCUGCUGGGCAUCCACGACCUGAAGGACGGCAGCCUCCCCGACGAUUACGCAGGCACUUCGGGGGCGCAGCCGCUUCACCAGCGUGAUUCCGGAGGGGUAGUCUCCAAAGACAGGCAGGCGAUGUACUUCAUGGGCGUGAUCGACAUAUUGACCCCGUAUGACGCCCUGAAGAAGGCGGAGCAUUGCGCCAAGUCCAUCCGCUACUUUUACAGCGCCGCCGGCAUCUCCUGCUGCCCACCCGGCGCCUACGCGGAGGACGCUUCAACAAGUUCAUGA